GAGGUCAUUAAUACCACCGGGACACCGCGCAGCAGAAUAAACCCUGCGGUCAAGGCUAAUGAAAGCCAUUCAUCGUGUCUCUUGUUUCUUCAAACAACAGCAGGACUGAGGAAAGCUAGCGAAAACCAAGGAAAACAUUAAGGAUUAACAGAAACACAAAAGGAAUAGUGGACAAGAUGUUGAUCACCAUGCUAACAGCCAUGUAUAUGGUGGUCAGAGUCGUAGAAUCGAUAGGAGUUCGGUUUGCACGGAAACAGGACCCUUUGCCUUACAUGCUGUCCCAGCCUUUGCCUUGGCAGGUUCACUCAGUGUCACACAGUCGGAGGAGCAGCAAAGCAGAGGAGUUUGAUGGGUUCAGGAGGAACAGCAUAGGCGUGUAUAGAAAGAACUAUGUCUCCAUGGCUAUUGCCUCAGCCUCUCUGGCUAUCCCCUGUGUCCUGUCGUGCUCAGACUCCAAUGCCAGCAAUGGGACGUGCACCAUGCCCGCUGUUCCUCAGCUCAGCCCUGUUGAAGUUGAUAAGGCCGCUGCCACCAUCCAGACCCAUUUCAGGAAGUUCCAACAGAAGAAACAGAAGAACGGCAAGUAGAUGGACAAAGAGGGAUGGCGGUACCGGUACUUCAGGUCUGGGAGGCAACAGGAAGCAGAUGGGAUGUACGUGGAUCCACCAACCAAUGGAUGAACUCUGUGAUAACACAAGCAUAUGAUCACCCAUAUUCAAAUGCACAUACAGUCAAACCUCCACACUUAGUGACACAGUAUACACAAUAACAUAACAGUAAUAGCUCACAUUUCAAACAGCUUGUUGUCAUGAUAACUAUAAUGUGAAAUAUAUAUUAGAUGUAUUAUAAUACAGUGUCUGAAUGAAUGCUAGUUUUGAUAUGCUGUGAUGAUGCGAGUAUGCUGUAAAUAUAUAUAACCAGUGUUUGAGUGCAUUAGUGAGGAGGAAAAACAAAAAAUCUAAUCAUUUUUCAACAUGUGAAUCUUUCUAAAACAAACGUGUUAAAAUUUUACCAACCUUUCAAUAAACUCCUCUUUAAGUGUUUCAUUGCAGCAUGUUGCCCUCUAGUGUGUAAAUCAGGUUCUGAUUCAUAUUAACUUAAUGUUUAGGUGUUGAUAUUAAAAUAUUAGCCUUAAAAGCCC